CGAGCUAUUAAGUCAAUUUAAAGACCGAAAGGGGGAGUUCCUCGUCUCACCACUACCCGUCAGGUUCCCCUGCUGCGGGCCAGAGAGUGCUGAAAAUGAGCGGCAGAAAGAGUGGCGCUCCCUGGUUGUGGCUCGCCGUGUGCAUCGGGAGCGCGCUCGAGGCCGCGGCGCAGGGCUCGCGCGCGGCGUUGCGGAACGGCUCGGCUGCACUGGUGCCGGACUACAUGCUCAACCUGUACAGAACGCAGUCGCAGCUCGAGCGCGCGAGCGGCCACGGGAGCGCGUUGCGCGCGAGAAGACGCGCCAACACGGUCACCAGUUUCAUGGACCAGAGUGGAGAUGAGCCAUCAGCUGAAACCCACCAACAGUACAUAUUUGACCUUUCAGGUCUCUCAAGGACAGAAGAACUAGUGGAUUCUGAGCUGCGGGUGUUGCGGAAGCUGCCGCCUGACUUGGAGAAAUUACGAUCCUUUGCAGGAAACCUGUACCACCUACUUCUUUACAGCUGUUCCUCUCAGAGUUCAUCAGGCAAGCCUCUACUGCUUACUUCUAGGACAGUCAACAUUCUGGAUACCACCUCUACCACUUGGGAUGUGUUUAACAUUGAGACAACUCUGAAAGCCCACCAAAGGGUGCACAGGAAAACUCAAGACAGCAGAUACGUAUGUUUUAGAAUAGCUGUUAUUUCAGACUUAAUGAAUGAGGUUGUCUCCCCUUCUUUAUUUGGUUUGGGUUCAGAGGGGCUGCAGAGGAAUGAGAAAGCUUUGCUUGUAGUCUUUUCUCGCACACGUAGGAAAGAGAAUCUGUUCAGAGAGAUCCGCGAGAAGAUGAAAGCCAUGCACAUGUUUGAGUGGAACUCUGAGGGUCAUGGUAGACCCAGACGACGCCAGAAGAGGAGGACUGCCUUAGCAGGCCGCUCUGGCGGAGCAGGGACAGCGGGUGGAGGGGGAGCCAUUGGGGGAGUUGGAACGGGCGGAGGGGUCAAAGGAGGCGGCAGGCGGAAAACCCGCUGUAGUCGCAAACCGCUCCAUGUUAACUUUAAAGAGCUGGGAUGGGAUGAUUGGAUCAUUGCACCUCUGGACUAUGAUGCAUACCACUGCGAAGGUGCAUGUGACUUCCCGUUGCGCUCGCACCUCGAACCCACGAACCACGCCAUCAUCCAGACACUCAUGAACUCCAUGGAUCCAGAGUCAACCCCACCCAGCUGCUGUGUUCCUUCUAAGCUCAGCCCUAUCAGCAUUCUGUACAUUGACGCUGGAAAUAAUGUGGUGUACAAGCAGUAUGAGGAUAUGGUGGUGGAGAGCUGUGGCUGCAGGUAGCAGCAUGAAACUGGGCUGGAGUACAGCCCUUGAUUUGAAACCGACAAGGGAGCCCCAAUGCAGCACUACCAGCCUCACAGAAAUGUGCAUUAGUGCCAAAAUAUUUUUAGCAUGGAUAAAAGUGUGCACAUGCAUGUGAUGGAGUGGACUUGAGAGGUUAUGCUAACGGGUAUUUUGAACAGUGUCUCUCAAAUGGGCAGAAAACCCAAUGGGUAAAAAUGCAGCCCUUUUUGCAAGAUACUAAAUUUUCUAACGAAACAAACACCUCCUUGGUCAGGAAUAAAGUAAGACGAGAAAUUCCAGAAAUAACACUGCAUCCUGAUAACAUAAAUGGAAUGAUAGAGCACUCAAGUAUGCUCACAGUGACUGAGAAAAUGUUGAACUGUUCUAAAUUUCCCAAAUCUGUCAGAGAUUCCAUGCAAGUCUAAGAGUAAAAGUGCUUUGCCUGACAGUCAGCAUAAGCUGAAGAAAUCUUUCAAAAGAUUUUUUUAAUAGAAGGUUUUAAAAUAUAAAGAUGAGAAAGAAAAAAGUAACCUUAAUCAAUGGCAGCAGUGCUUGGAGGUUUUGACUCUUUCUGUAAGGUGUGUGUUAUUCCAGUUGGAGCUUGGGUUGUUUUUAUAAUCAAGAGACUCAUUGAGUGAUUCAUUGUGUAUGACAGCUCUGAAUUUUAUAUCAAGGUAACCCACACACAGCUGAUGCUCCCAAGAGGCGAAAUCUCACUUCCUUUUCUCAGAAUAACAGACAGUGUUUGACUGGCCCACAAAAGGAAACUCACAAACCAUACAUUGCUAAGAAUUUCAGUCAUUAUUUGUUUCACUCAAAAGGCUAAUCAUUUCACAUUGUUUAAGACUAGAUACAAUAAAUGUGUUAUUCAUGAUAUCCACAUGUGUAAGAGGUAAAUGACUUCACUGAAUCCCAGAACCUGGGAAAGACGUUAGAGAGCCAAAGGGAGCAUGAUUCUUGGCGUUGUGCACUUCUGUAUGACAACCCUCUUGUCAGGUCAAAAUGCAUGUGUAGGUCGGUUUGCUUUUCUUUGUCUCUGCUGUCCUUAUAUUCAUUUUUAUUUUAGAAUAAACAUCCUCAUCAUGUACAUUCUCCUGAAUGCAGCCUCACAUUGUACACCUACUAAGAGACAUCAGUGUUAACUAGGGGAGUCAUGGCAGGUGAUUCAAAAAUCUAAAUUUCAUACUCCCUCUUGUAUAAUACAGUCUUUUUUUAUUAAUAUACACACUAGAAUAUAGUGAUGCAUAAAAAAGAUUAAAACCGCAUAAACUGCAGUUUUUUAUUAUAAAUAUAUAGGCAGAAAAGCUAUAAGCAUUAAUCAACUUAUAGGAUAAGCAUAACACAGAAAGAUCACUCCUGCUUGGGUUCUGCCAUCAUUUAUUUGAGUAAAGGCAAUUUAUUUAGUAAAAAACAGUUUGCAGUUUGCCAGAGUAUUGUAAUGAUAAUGAAAGCAUUGUGAGCCUUAUAUACUUGUCUGAGUAUAUAUGAACAACCUCAAACUUGCCAUUUAAUUUUAAAAGUCUUAAAAAAAUUGACAUUAGAAUUUUCUCCUAAAUGCACAUAUGUUUAAGAUUCAAGAGUUUAUUGUCAUAUGUACAUUAAACAAUCUGUUACUCCAUACAAUCAAAUUCUUAGGCUGUAGAUCAUCCAAGCAGCCGAUGGCAUAAUUUAAGGGCAUAAGGAAUACAGACAAUUGCACAAGACAUGCAUUACAAAAGUUAUGAUGGUAAUAAUAAUAUACACCUGCAUUUACAUAUUCUCUUUUAAAAAUAGACUACAGCUGUAUGCUGCUUACUAAGUUAAAUACAGACUACAGUACAAGUACAGAAACCUUAACGAAAUAAUUCAAUAAACAAACAAAUAAAACAAAAAUAAAUAAAAGAACAACAUUAGUAAUAUUAAUAAUAAUUUUCACAUGAAAUGAUCGUCAUGAAGCAAUAGUACAAAUAUACAACUGAAUGUUUAGAGCUGUAAAACUGGUUCACUGUGUGUGCCUCUGUGUGUAAUGUAACUGUACAUUACAGUUUUGUUUAUCAAGUGCACUUUUUUCACAGCAAUCAAACAUCAUCGUUCAAUUUCCUUUUACCACAGUAUAUCAGCCUAUGACAAACUGAACCUUGUUCUUAGUUAUAUCUGAAAGUUAGGAUAAGAUAAAUGAUAAGAUAGGAUUGAAUUAAAAUUAGCAUUGGACUUAUGCGUUUUCCAUGUAAACAGAGUUAAACACGGGGCUGUCCCGAAGUUUUCCUGGUACAAUGUGCAUGCUGACUUAUUUCAGGAGCAAACUCAAAGCUGCAGGAGUUAUAUAUUUUUGUGCAUUUAACUUAAAAAAGCCUGUAGAGACAUUUUGAGGAGUAGGUAUUUCAGGCCGGCCAAGUGCUUUCAGACACUGAAUGUAAAUCCUACAGCAUUGCUAUGCUUUGACUGAGGGCUUUGGCAGCCUUGCUGUAUACAUCAACAUUAGACAAUGUUCACGUCGUAAGGAUUGGACAUCUGUUUUAUUUUACCAUCCUGUGUUUCUAGUGUGUUGGGUUUAAAAUAUGAGAUGGAAAGAAUAAAACAGUGUUUAUACUAAUUUGAAAAUACUAGCAUUAAUUUGAUGCAUUUAUCAUGUCCUCUCGAGUCCCUGCAUAUUUGUGAGCUGUAACGAAAUGUGUAAUGCAAAUGAUCGUUAUACAAUACUGAACAGAACUGCAGUGUAUGUCCUUUUGACUGACUACAAAUAUCUUAAAUGAAGAAACCAUAUUGGAGUAUUGUCAUUGCACUAUGUGCGAGAUUUUGUGUAACAUAAAAGGGAUUGUACAUAAUUAAGCUAUAAAUUAUCUGUAAACUGCUAUGCAUUUUUUAUCUUUUGGAAAUAUUGUUUAGUAUAUAUAUAUACAUAUAAAUAUCAAUCCAACCCCAAAAAUUAAGCACAUAUUGUAGCCUUUUCCUGUCUUUCACCUUUUUGUUACUAUGCCAUUUCUGUACAGACAACUAUUAAAGCAAAGAGUUUAUUAA